UAGGAUUAAAUAAUUAGAUUAUAAUUAACAUUAUAGCUUUGUUUCAGCUAACGUUACAACUGGUUGGAAGCUCGUCAGAUGCAAUCUCACAUGAUGCAGUGAUAUUCAAAUGUGGUGGCAUUAUUUGACAAAUGUAAUUGCCAUAGGUAAUUGCAUCUGAGGAAUUCCCAACCAGUCAGAACGUUAAUUGGAGUUCUUCAAACAGUUAUUCUGUGGUUGGAGCCAGUUUUAUAUAUAAAUCCAAUCCAACCUGUAUUCUAGUGGUUCGGUUCUUAGCUGAAUAAUUCCAAAGUAUCCCCAACAGAUGGCGCCACAUUAAAUUUAUUAAACACGAAAUUUUCAUCAUGUAUUAAGUGAAAUGUGAUAUUUUGAAUGAAUCAACCUCAUAUUUCUAUAAAAUUUUCACAAAUUACCAAAAAUUCGAUAAACUUUUCACCGAAAUGAACCAUUUUCGAAAAUACCCCCAACUUUUUGAGAUAAUUUUUAAAACAUGACAAUUCUCUCUAUCAAUCAAAAAACCUUAAUUUUACCACCUAUUUUGACGUUUUAAUUUUACAUUUAAAAAUAGGUCCCUCAACAGUACCAUUUUACCGCUACUAUUUCGACCUACUCCUCGAUUUUAUUUUUAGGCGAAUAUACAAAUCAACUUUACGUUUACCCCCGAAAAAAUCGAACUCAUCCUUGUUAUUAAUCCGGCCAAUAAUCGACGAAAGCGCUUUAUCGUUAGCGCGAAAAAUCCGCUAUAAAGAUCUUAAAUGCGAACAAGUCGUUCGAGCGUUUAUUAACCGAUGCCAAGAAGUAAAUGCGAUUUUAAACGCAAUCGUCGACGAUAGAUUUGUCGAUGCAAUAAAUGAAGCACGCGAAUUGGAUUAUAAGAUAAAAAAUGGGAAUGUUACCGAGAAUUAUUUUAACGCGCAUCCUUUGCUUGGAGUUCCUUUUACGGUUUCUGAGAUGUUACCAUGUGAAGGGAUGAAAUGGAGUUUAGGAUUACUUUCUAGGCAAGAUGUUGUAGCGAUUUCAGAUGCUAAUGCGGUGGGGUUAAUGAAAGAGGCUGGUGGUAUUUUGAUCGGGGUUACGAAUAUAUCUCAAGUUGGGUUUUGGACGGAAACUUACAACCCUGUUUAUGGAUUUACAAGGAAUCCUUAUGAAAUUUAUAAAAGUGUGGGGGGAUCUUGUGGUGGUGAAGCUUGUAUUGUAGCAGCUUGCGGGUCACCGAUUGGUAUUGGAAUCGAUUUUGGGGGUUGCCUCAGAAUCCCUGCGAAUCGUUGUGGGGUUUUUACCCACAAAUCUUCUCCAAAAUUAAUUUCAAUACAAGGAAAUCCCCUUUUUUCAAACUCAACGGAAAAUAACAUCGCGGUUAUUGGCCCCAUCGUGAAAUAUUCCGAAGAUCUAAGCUUUAUCAUAUCAAUCUUAACCAAACUUGACGUCUCCCGAUUUUUAUUUGACGAUGAUAUUCAAUCAAGAAAUAUUCAAUAUUUUUAUUCGUCUCGAUCAUUGUGUGGAUACGCAAGCCCCGUAAGAAAAGAAGUUGAGAAUAACAUCAAAAAAAUCGUUAAUGAACUCAAUAGGUAUUCAGUAAAUGAAGCAAUUUCGCUCGAAAUCGAUGAAACCGUUGAUACAAUACCCAUCUGGGGGUACAAACUCGCUGAAUGUAACUCAGAUUUUAAAGAGUUAAUGCGAAAUGAAAAGAACGAGGAAAUACGCCCAAUUAGAGAAGCAAUAAAUUAUUUUUUUGGUAAACGUGAAUACUGUCUUUACACAAUUUAUAACUUACUUGGUUUGAUUGCUAUAAAGCCAACGAAUGAUGACCAAUUAAAACAAGUUUUAGAUAAAAUUAAGGAUAUUUUUUUGGAUAUUUUAGGAGAUCACUCAGUGUUAUUAUUUCCAACUGAACCACUUCCUUUGGGAUACCCGUACGAGUCAUUAUUGAGACCACACAAUAAUUCUUAUUGCGCUUUAUGGAGUGCGCUAGAAUUCCCAGUAACUCAAGUCCCUGUUGGAUUGAUUAAAGGAUGUCCAAUGGGUGUACAAAUAGUGGCGGGGCCUUAUAAUGAUCAUCUUUGUUUAGCAGCAGCGAGGACUUUGGAAUUGUUGCUUGGUGGUUAUAAAGAACCAAGUUCUUAAUAACAAGAAUAAAUAUAUAAAAAUGAUCGAAUUUA